GGCCGCGCCCCUCCCGGCCGCCGUGCUGCCGCCGCCCCGAACAUGGCGCCGGGCCGCUUCUGGCGCUGCUGCCUCCGCGGCGCAGGCUGGGUGCCAGUGCUGUUCAUCACUUUCGUGGUGGCGUGGUCCUACUACGCGUAUGUGGUGGAGCUGUGCCUGUUUACUCUUUCUGGAAAUGGAGAAAAUGGAAAGGCCGUUGUUUACCUUGUGGCUUUUCAUCUGUUCUUUGUUAUGUUUGUAUGGUCCUAUUGGAUGACAAUUUUCACCUCUCCCGCUUCCCCCUCCAAAGAGUUCUACUUGUCCAAUUCUGAAAGGGAACAGUAUGAAAAAGAAUUCAGCCAAGAACGACAACAAGAAAUUUUGAGAAGAACAGCGAAGGACUUACCUAUCUACACCACGUCAGGCUCAAGGACCAUCAGAUAUUGUGAAAGAUGUCAGUUGAUUAAACCUGACCGGGCGCAUCACUGCUCAGCAUGUGACAUAUGUAUUCUAAAGAUGGAUCAUCACUGUCCUUGGGUGAAUAACUGUGUGGGAUUUUCUAAUUACAAAUUCUUCCUGCUGUUUUUAUUGUAUUCCCUAUUAUAUUGCCUGUUUGUGGCUACAACAGUUUUGCAGUACUUUAUAAAAUUUUGGACGCUUUGCCACAGGAAAUCUACACAGAGUUGUCCAAAGAAUGAACUCACAGAUACACGUGCCAAAUUCCACGUACUUUUUCUUUUCUUUGUGUCUACAAUGUUCUUCAUCAGCGUCUUAUCACUUUUCAGCUAUCACUGCUGGCUAGUAGGAAAAAAUAGAACAACAAUAGAAUCAUUUAGUGCACCCACAUUUUCAUAUGGACCUGAUGGAAAUGGUUUCUCUCUUGGAUACAGUAAAAAUUGGAGACAAGUCUUUGGCGAUGAGAAGAAAUACUGGCUACUUCCAAUAUUUUCAAGUUUGGGUGAUGGUUGCAGUUUUCCAACUCGCCUUGUGGGAAUGGAUCCAGAACAAGCUUCUGUUACAAACCAAAAUGAAUAUGCCAGAAGUAUUGGCUCAAAUCAACCUUUUCCUAUCAAACCACUUAGUGAAUCAAAAAAUCGAUUGCUGGACAGUGAAUCUCAAUGGAUAGAGAAUGGAUCUGAAGAAGGUACUGUUGGAUCAGGUUUAUAAAAACAUGGACUGAUAUUUUCAGUAUUAUUUGCAAGAAAAUUAUCAAUGGGAUGAAAUAAUUGAAGUAUAACAGAAGAUAUAUUUUUUCAAAAAAAGGAAGCCUUUGUACAGAUCCCUGGAUCCACAGAAGCACUACUGCAGAGCAGGAAGAUGCCUUAAUCUUAAGUCCAGCAUUGACUUACAGCUGCCAAAGUGACUUGAUUUUACUUUGCAAAUAACUCUUAUUGUUAUGAAAUGCUAUAAUAUGUCAGACCAUAUGUUAACAUGGCAUAUGUAUCUUUUUUUGAUACCUAAGUUACAUUAUCAGAGUUAUUUCUUGGUGUCUAUGUGAAUUUUCACUCCAGAAAUGGAGGCUAAAAAAUUCUCUUAAGUGAAGUACAUCUAGGGCAGCAUGGUGGCUGACACUGAAUAAUAAUAUCCAAAUUACUGUUGCUUGUACUAUGUAGGGAAAAGGAAAUAACUGCUUUUUAAAGAUUGGGUGUUUGAUCAUUUAUAAAUACUGUUUUAUACUUUUCAACAUUUUUAAUAAAGAUUUUUUAUUGUUGGCUAUACAGUAACUCACAGAAGGAUUAAAAUAUCUAAAUAUAAUGAUUUACAACAUGAAGCACAUUUGUAUAAUUAAUUGAAGGCUUAGUUCUAAGCAUUAAUACAACAAUGUUGUAUAGUGUUGUGCCCAAGGCUUAAAGGAAACUUGGUAGUAUAAAAAAUAUUUUUGUUUCUCUCUGAUUUACAAUUACUUUUUUUUUUUCCUGUGGAUCCGGGAUCCACAGGACCUUUAUUUACAAGUGAGCUGACGUGAACGUCCCUCAUGUGUUGCCAAACGUUUAAAUAUACACAUACAUACAUAUGCACACUCCGCACCUAAGUGCCUCUUGGGAGGAGGCAGGGAGCACAGGAGCGGGGCGGGGCGGGGCCGUGCGGUGCAGGGAGACCGUCCUGAGCUAAGGGGCCAGGCUGCUCACACUCGUCAGGAACGGCAGCAGGGAGAGGGAAUGAUGAAAGAGAUGGGGACAUCUGAACAGCCAGACAUCAGGGACAGGGGAGGGAUCUUUACAAUUACUUUUUAAAAAAUUUUUAUUAGUAUACAUGCAGGAAAACACAAAGGAACUCAGGAAUAUUGGACAAAGGCAGGCCCAUAACCCUGGCCCUGACCAGGAAUCAAACCGUGACCUCCUGGUUUGUAGGUUGACACUCAACCACUGAUCCACACCAGUCAGGCAACCUGAGUAGUCAUUUAAAACUUCCAUUCUCUGAAAGGUGGAUUCCACUCUUAAAUCCAAAAUACCAAAUCUGACUGAACAGCAACAUCUUUCUACCUAGACACAUACCCUCUUUUCCUUUUGAAAUCCAGUCUAAGAGGCAAGAAAUGUUGCAUCUAUACAUAUAAAACCCUAAGCGACCAGUUGACUGUUUGAGCGGUUGCUAUGACACCCACUGACCACCAGGGGGGCAGAUGCUCAAUGCAGGAGCUGCCCGCUAGUGGUCAGUGCGCUCCCACAGUGGGAGUGCCGCUCAGCUGAUGGAGCCAGACUCAUGGCAGGUGCAGUGGGGCCCCGAUGAGCAGGAGCAGCACAGCCCCUGGCCCAGGUCGGGCUCCUCCCUGGCCGCCUGCUGUUUUGCGCACUACUACAUCCCUCGGGAUGUCAGGCUGCGGGUUCAGCACAAAACCAGCAGUCUGGCAUCCCCCAAGGGGUCCUGGAUUGCAAGCGGGCGCAGGCCAGGCUGAGGGACCCCUCCGCCUCUAGUUAAUUAUAAAGAAAAAUUCAAUAUCUUACAAAGGAGAAACAAUGUAAAAAUGUCAGUCCUUAUUUAUAUUGUUCAGUCAAAUACUAUACACACACAAACCAAAAUAAUUGGAUAGAGAUAAAUUUUUUUAAAUAUAUUUUUAUUGAUUUUAGAAAGGGAGAAAGUGAUAGAAACAUCAGUGAUGAGAGAGAAUCAUUGAUUGGCUGCCUCCUGCACCCCACACUGGGAAUGGAGCCCACAACCCAGGCAUGUGCCCUGACCAAGAAUCAAACUGUGACCUAGUUCAUAGGUUGACGCUCAACCACUGAGCCACGCCAGCAGAGCUAAAUGUUAACCAGCAUCUAUAAUUAUCUAGGUUUAUAGUUUUCUUUUUUAAAAAAUAUAUUUUAUUGAUUUUUCACAGAGAGGAAGAGAGAGGGAUAGAGAGUUAGAAACAUCGAUGAGAGAGAAACAUCGAUUAGCUGCCUCUUGCACACCCCCUACUGGGGAUGUGCCCGCAACAAAGGUACAUGCUCUUGACCAGAAUCGAACCCGGGACCCUUCAGUCCACAGGCCGACGCUCUAUCCACUGAGCCAAACCGGUUUCGGCUAGGUUUAUAGUUUUCUUAUCUGUAACAUAGGAUUGAGAAGAGGGGGUGUUGCCAAUGACUUGGACUGGAUGACCUCUAACAUUCUUUGAUUUCUGAUUUUGCAAAAUCACCUUACUUUUCAUUCAUCCAACAAAUACUUCUGGAGUACCUUCUAUACGUCAAACAGUAUACUAGGGAUAGCUCUAUACUUUCCUAAUGUCAUAUACAUUUUAUUUUUUUUCCAUAUAAGCUUUAUAGUAAACUAUUCCAGGUUUAUAAUUUCUAGGAUUUGCCUAAUUCCAUUGACUAAUAGUAAUAUUAGAUUUUAAAAGGAAGUUUCCACUUUGAACUGAAGGAAUAUGGUAGCUUUAAAAAUAUAAUAUGGAUUCUUCCACUUUUAUUUCAACUCUGUAGUCUUGAUAAUCUUGAUGAUUCGCUCUCAUCGAUGUUUCUAGCUCUCUAUUUCUCUUCCUCUCUGUAAAAAAUCAAUAAAAUAUAUUUAAAAUAAAAAUUAAAAAAAUAAAAAACUUUUAAGUAUGAGAGUUAAAUGAGUGAUACCAGUUACCAACCAAAAUCACCAUUUUGGCAAUUUGCAUAUAGUAAAGAAAUAGUCAAUGUUUUAAACAUAAUACUUUCAGAAAUGAUCUGGCACUGUUUAUGAGUAUUUCUACAUCUAGAUCAGGAUUGCAUGCACCUGAUUAACAAGUGAGGAAACAAUUUACCCCCUUAGUGUAUUCAGGCACUUUUGUGGUGGUGUAAUCUUUCUUUUAAGUUCUGUUAUUCAAUAUCAUCUUUAAUAGUGUAGUAAACACCUUUUCAGAAAUUUUCAGUUAAAGCCUUUUAAUUACCUUUGGUUUAAUUCAUGGCCAACAUUUUACCACAUUCUGAAUAAUAUUUGGCUGAGUUUAUUCAUACACAUUCACUACUCUUCAGCAAGGGCCUACUGGUGUAGUGUGGGAAUCAGGGACCAGCUGCCUCUCUGGUAUUUCAACUGGUGUUGGUUAGUGCUGUCACUCUUUGGGGAGAAAGGUCAAAAUGAAGCCUUGUGAAAAUUUAUUAGUACUGUCUUUGAUCCUUCAAACACUUGAACAAAUGUGAUGACAUUUAAGGAUAUUAAGUUGAAUUUCAGGUAUUGCCAUUGCCAUUAAAAAAAAAAAGUAGACAAGAGACUUGAUUUUACCUGGUACAAACUUACAUUCAGUCCCUGCGGUAUCUGACCAGUAUCACUUUGCCAAACCAAAGAGCAGCUGCAGUAGAGUAGUUAUUAAACAGGGACACGUUUACAGAGUUUAGUUUCAUCUUUACAUAUGGGUGAUUUUAAAAAUAUAUAUUUUAUUGAUUUUUUUUACAGAGAGGAAGGGAGAGGGAUAGAGAGUUAGAAACAUCGAUGAUAGAGAAACAUCGAUCAGCUGCCCCCUGCACACUCCCCGCUGGGCAUGCACCCGCAACCAAGGCACAUGCCCCUGACCGGAACUGAACACGGGACCUCUGAGUCCACAGGCCAACACUCCAUCCACUGAGCCAAACUGGCCAGGGCCAUAUGGGUGAUUUUAAAAAUCUUUUUACAUAUUUAAUGGUUCUGAUUCAAUGUGUCAUAAGUUAAUUUGACUAAGAUUAGUUUAAAUCAAAUAUGCAAUGUUUAUUUGAAUUUUAUUUCUAUUAGAAUACAGAUUUUUACUUUGUUUACCGAGUAUUUAAUUUCAAGAUUAUCAGACAUGUCAGAUUUCCAUUCAGUAAACUUUAAAGCAAAAAAUGUAUAUUAAGGGCUUGGUGUUAGGAUUUGCAUAUUUGGGGCACAAAUAGUGACAAAUAUGUUUAGCUUAUGUUUUGUUCUAGGAAUAGUGCUGUUAUCAAUGGAAAAUACUUUUAAUCUGUUAUUAAGAAAUUAAAUUAUAUUUUUGCAUUUCAGCCAACAUAAAGACCAGAUGUAAUAAUAUGUAAGAUACAGGUAAUAAUAAGUCAUUAGGGGUUUCAUAUAAUUAUUACUAUAUUUUAUAAUUUAAAUUUAAAGUGCAAUAUAGAUUCAGAAAGGUCCAUAUUUUUCUAACAAGUUCACUUUGUAUUAUUUUGUUGGUUUGCAUAAGGAAGCAAGGAUUUGUAUUUAUAUUAAAAGCUUGAGAAAGCUAUGUCAAGUUUAUUAUAUUUGUACAUGAUUGCAGAUGAGUCUAUGCCCAUUUAAAAGAAAAGAUGGACACUAUUUUAAAGUGAUCUUUCAUGUUUUUAUUUAAACAGAUUUGAAAUACAGUUCCCUUUGGUUGUCUUUACCUACUGAGUCCCAUAAGUCUUGUAUUUGUUUUUCAUAAAUAUAACCCUGGACCAUGACUUAAUGUUAAUUUCUUGCUUUGUCUUUUGGAUAGCCUAACUACAUUAACAUGAAGGCUGAACGUUUUAAACUUUUUUCAAAAAUCAUAACUUACUUUAUUAAAUAAAGUUCUGUAUUUGAACAGUUUGUUGUUGUUAUAAAGUGGUGUUUGCCAAAUGAAAGAAUAACUAUUAUUUUGGUCAUAAAUCUGGUAAAAUAAUGUUUAGUUAAAGAAAUUUGGCUAAUAAUUUGGAGUAACUAUAUCUAAGACAUUUAAUAUUUGAAUGUAACAAUAUUGUAGUUUACCUAGACCAGAGGUAUAGAUUGCUUUAUUCAAAAAGUUUUUAACUUCGUUUUUACUGAACAUAAUUUUCAAUUCAGAAGUAACUUUUGGAUCAUAAGUACUUGUGAAACACUUAGAAGUUUUUGAAUUGUGGUUUUCAAAAUGCUGAAUAAUAAAUUUUAUUUUAUGUAGAA